GAGAGGAAGGGAGAGGGCGAGGGAGCGGAGCCACGCACGCAGGGACGCCCGGGCGCUGGAAUUCCAGCAGAAAAAUAGUAAUAAUAAUAAUAAUAUAAAAAAAGUGAGCAGAGCAAAGGUUAGCGGGGACAGAUCUGGGGGUUCAUUUUUUGGAAUCUUUUCUUCCUCUCGGUGUGAAAGGAACGACUCUGGUCUCCCGUCCUCGAAGCUCCCGACUGGAUUGCUCCUUGGCGCUCACACCCCCCCUCCUCCCCCGUCGGUGGAUUUCUGUGCCAUUUGCAUUGAUUCCGACCCCCCCCCCCCGGGCCGCUUCCUUCCAGCCCGCCGCUCGGCUCUCAGAUCGCCGGGGCCCCCACCUCCCCCCACCCCGUCCCCUCCCGGGCAGCGCUGGGGAGCCGGACCCGCGGGGACUCGCGCCUUUCCCGGACGAUCCGGGGGGAAGGGCUGACCUCAGGACCGGGCUGUGGGCUUCUAAGGCAGCCAGACACCUGGUUCACGCGUGCGGUUGGUUUCCGUGGGCUCGGGUGGCCGGCGUCGAGGGGCAGCCCACCGCCCGCCUCCCACCCCACCCCCUCAGCCGCUGGCGACGAGAGCAGGACUCCGGAUCUUCACCGGGCGGACUGGCUGGGAUCUCCGCAUUGGAUUCGGGGCUGAUUAUCGCGGCUUGGCGAGAUUGUCAUUCUGUUCCUUCUUUUUUAACCCAAGGGAGAAAGACACACACACGCAAAAAACGGUGGGAUUUAUCUAACAUGAUCUUGGCAAACGCCUUCUGCCUCUUCUUCUUUUUAGACGAAACCCUCCGCUCUUUGGCCAGCCCUUCCUCCCUGCAGGGCCCUGAGCUCCACGGCUGGCGCCCCCCAGUGGACUGUGUCCGGGCCAAUGAGCUGUGCGCAGCCGAAUCCAACUGCAGCUCCCGCUACCGCACACUCCGACAGUGUCUGGCGGGCCGAGAUCGGAACACCAUGCUGGCCAACAAAGAGUGCCAGGCCGCCCUGGAGGUCUUGCAGGAGAGCCCCCUGUACGACUGCCGCUGCAAGCGGGGCAUGAAGAAGGAGCUACAGUGUCUGCAGAUCUACUGGAGUAUCCACCUGGGGCUGACCGAGGGUGAGGAGUUCUAUGAAGCUUCACCUUAUGAGCCGGUGACCUCACGCCUCUCUGACAUCUUCAGGCUUGCUUCAAUCUUCUCAGGGACAGGGGUAGACCCUGCGGUCAGUGCCAAGAGCAACCACUGCCUGGAUGCCGCCAAGGCCUGCAACCUGAAUGACAACUGCAAGAAACUGCGUUCCUCCUACAUCUCCAUCUGCAACCGAGAGAUCGCGCCCACCGAGCGCUGCAACCGCCGCAAGUGCCACAAGGCCCUGCGCCAGUUCUUCGACCGGGUGCCCAGCGAGUAUACCUACCGCAUGCUCUUCUGCUCCUGCCAGGACCAGGCGUGUGCCGAGCGCCGCCGGCAGACCAUCCUGCCCAGCUGCUCGUACGAGGACAAGGAGAAGCCCAACUGCCUGGAUCUGCGCGGCCUUUGCCGCACGGACCACCUGUGCCGGUCCCGACUGGCAGACUUCCACUCCAACUGUCGAGCCUCCUACCGAACACUGACCGGCUGCCCUGAGGACAACUACCAGGCGUGUCUGGGAUCCUAUGCUGGCAUGAUUGGGUUUGAUAUGACUCCCAACUAUGUGGACUCAAGCCCCACCAGCAUCGUGGUGUCCCCCUGGUGCAGUUGUCGUGGCAGUGGAAACAUGGAGGAGGAGUGUGAGAAGUUCCUAAGGGAUUUCACUGAGAAUCCGUGCCUCCGGAAUGCCAUCCAGGCCUUUGGCAAUGGCACAGAUGUGAAUGUGUCCCCCAAAAGCCCCUCAUCACAGGCCACCCAGACCCCUCGGGUGGAGAAGACUCCCUCUUUGCCAGAUGACCUCAGUGACAGCACCAGUCUGGGGACAAGUGUCAUCACCACCUGCACAUCUGUCCAGGAGCAAGGGUUGAAGGUCAACAACUCCAAAGAGUUGAGCACGUGCUUCACAGAGCUCACGACAAAUAUCAUGCCUGGGAGUAAAAAGGUGGUCAAACCCAACUCAGGCCCUAGCAGAGCCCGACCACCGGCUGCCUUGACUGCACUGCUGCUCCUGACGCUGACAUUGGCCUUGUAGGCUGCGGGAACCACGGCACAAGAUUUCUACAAUCUCCGCAGACGAGAACUCCCACCCAACAAAACGGAAACGAACUCACACCUCCCCACACAACCCCCUUUGCAGACAAAAAAGAAAAAAAAGGUUCUUUUCCCCACCUUGUCUCUGAACCUUUCUCCUCCCAGGUUUCUUCUCUGGAGAAGUUUUUCUAAACCAAACAGACAAGAUGGCGGCUAGCCUGAGGGCCAGCCCUGAGGUUUCCCCGCAGGGGACACUCAGUGCUGAUGAGGGCAUACGGCUAUGGAAAAUCCCUUCAUGGUCUUCUGGUGUUUUUCUCUCUGGACCCUUCUGAAGCAAGAGGUCAAGACAAGACUCCUGCUGGGAUGGGACUUGCACCAUGCCUAGUGUAGGCUGGGUAUGGGAAAACUGCAGCUGUUGUGGAACUGCCCACUCUAGGGCCCCGUUGGAGGGCAUUGAUGAUCUUGGAAGCAGGACUGGCUUUGGGAGGCCAUGUCAGCCUUGCCUCUUGGCUUCAAAGAUGAUAAUUCAGCCUCCCUCUGCCCUCAGGUGUCUGGGUGCGGUGUAGGGGGUGGGGUCUGUGUCUGGUGUGGGAAGCCCCAGGGCUGGGCUGAGGCCCUGGACCAGACUGUAGUGUGAAGGGGGCUGGGAUAGCUCCAGGAGGGCCUGGGAGC